AUGUCCCGCCUCCCGCCCCUCGUCAUCGACAAUGGAACAGGCUACACAAAGAUGGGCUUUGCUGGCAACAGCGAGCCGUCGUUUGUGUUCCCCACCGCGAUCGCAACGCACCAGACGGCCAGCAGCUCGUCCAACACUGCUUCGGCGCAGACCCGCUCUGCCCCGGCCAGCGCAUCGACCAACCUGGCCAGCAAGCGUGGUAUCGAGGACCUCGACUUCUUCAUUGGUGACGAGGCCAUCGCCAACUCGAGGACGUACCAGGUCCACUACCCCAUCCGCCACGGCAUGAUCGAGAACUGGGACUACAUGGAGCGCUUCUGGGAGCAGUGUAUCUUCAAGUACCUCCGUGCCGAGCCCGAGGACCACUACGUGCUGCUUACCGAGCCCCCCCUCAACCCUCCCGAGAACCGUGAGAACACUGCCGAGAUCAUGUUCGAGUCGUUCAACGUUGGCGGUCUGUACAUUGCCGUCCAGGCCGUGCUGGCGCUCGCUGCGUCGUGGACGUCCAACAAGGUCGCCGAGCGCACCCUGACCGGUGUGGUCAUUGACUCUGGUGAUGGUGUCACCCACACGAUCCCCGUCGCCGAGGGCUACGUGAUUGGUUCGUCGAUCAAGCACAUUCCCAUCGCCGGUCGCGACAUUACGUCGUUUGUCCAGCGCCUGCUCCGUGAGCGCGGCGAGUCUGCUGCCAUCCCGCCCGAGGACCAGCUCCGUGUCGCCGAGAAGAUCAAGGAGGACUACACCUAUGUCUGCCAGGAUAUUGUCAAGGAGUUUAAAAAGUACGAUGCCGACCCGUACCGCUACUUUGCGCGCUUCAGCGGCGAGCACAGCGUCACGCAGAGGAAAUACGACAUUGAUGUCGGGUACGAGCGUUUCCUCGCGCCGGAAAUCUUCUUCAACCCGGAAAUCUACUCGUCCGACUUCCUCACCCCGCUCCCCGAGGUCGUCGACACGGUCAUCCAGACAUCGCCCAUCGACGUCCGUCGCGGCCUGUACAAGAACAUUGUCCUGUCGGGCGGUUCCACCAUGUUCAAGGACUUUGGCAAGCGCCUCCAGCGCGACGUCAAGGCCCUCGUCGACGGCCGUAUCGCCGGUAGCGAGGAGCGCUCGGGCAGCCACAUGCGCUCGUCGGGCGUCGAGGUCAACGUCAUCUCGCACAAGCGCCAGCGCUACGCCGUGUGGUACGGCGGCUCGCUCAUGGCGUCCACGCCCGAGUUUUACAACGUCUCCCACUCGCGCGCCGACUAUGAAGAGUACGGCCCGUCCCUGGUCCGCCGGUUCUCGGUCUUUGGCAGCGCCUCGUAG